UGCACUGGCUCAGUACGGGGAGGGGCUGUGUGAGGCGGCUCAGCGGGCUGCCUUCCCAGGCUGGUAUUUUGGUUGGUGUGACAGAACCUCAGAGUCAUCUGCCCUCCCUUGCCCUGACUCACCCCCGCAAGGGAGCUGUACUAUAAAGAGGGGAGCAGCCCGCCAGACUGUGGCGGGGGCGCGUUGAACAGGGGGACCAUGGACUUCAUCAGCAUUCAGCAGUUGGUAAGUGGAGAAGGAGUUGGAAGGAAAGAAUUGGGCUUCGGUCAUGGAGCUCCUGACCCUGGAGGUGGGCCUAAUGACUGGAGACUGGGACCCCAUGAGGCUGUGGCCCGGGAGAAGCUGAAAUCAGAAGAGGAGAAGAAGAAGAAACUGGAAAGAUUUAACAGCUCCAGGCUGAAUCUGGAGACUCUGGCGGACUUGGAGAACUUGGUUCAAAGACGGAGAGAAAAGCGACUGAAACUGAAGCAGAGAGUCCCCCCCAGAAAACCUGAGGCCCAGGUUAAGCAGCCACCACCGCCGCAGACCCCACUGGAGCCUGUGGAUCUGGACAGGUUCCUGAAGGCAGCUGCCGAGAACCAGGAGACCCUGAUUGACAAAUACCUGACGGAUGGCGGGAACCCCAACGCCCAUGACAAGCUCCACCGCACGGCCUUACACUGGGCCUGUCUGAAGGGUCACAGGCAGCUGGUGAGUAAGCUGCUGGCUGCAGGAACUGCUGUGGAUGCGCGGGACUUGCUGGACAGGACCCCUGUGUUCUGGGCCUGCCGUGGAGGACACCUGGACAUCCUCAAAGAGCUGCUUAACCAGGGGGCUCAGAUCAAUGCCCGGGACAAGAUCUGGAGCACCCCCCUCCAUGUGGCCGUGCGCACAGGGCAUUCAGAUUGCCUGGAGCACCUCAUAGAGUGUGGAGCCCGGCUCGACGCACAGGACAAGGAAGGGGACACAGCACUCCACGAGGCUGUGCGGCAUGGCCACUACAAAGCUAUGAAGCUACUGUUGCUCUACGGAGCCAAGCUGAGCAUGCAGAACGCAGCUUUCCUGACUCCUGUGCAGCUGGCACGAGAUUGGCAGCGGAGCAUUCAGGAAGCGCUGCAGGCCCACGUGGGGCACACCCGCACCCGGUGCUGACCACGAUGACAGACCUGUAGGGUCCCUCGACACCAUUCCAUCCCUUCCACAUCCCGCUGUAGUUCCUGCCCCUGUCCCAAGUCCCCUGGUGAGGCUGUGCUUCCUUAGGAAGCCCCACUAGGGCUGAGGAGCAGCUCUGAGCCCUACAGGUGAAGGACAGACCUCCCUGGCUUUGGGUGCUGGAGCUGGAGUUGAGACCGGCUGUAGCAGAGGACUGGAAGGUGGCAAAAUGGGGCCAUAGAGGGUAAGGGGAGUGCAGUGGCAGCGGCUCUGGGUUGGGUGCUUGGCAUCCUCAGUGUCCGCCAACAUGCAGGCCAGGUUUGCCGCAGCCCAUUGGCCAAUGGUAAUAGCUGCUAUCCAGGAAGCAAUGGAUGACUCAUGCAGGCUUCACAGGUGUCAGGCAGUGUAAGCUGGCCAGCAUCAGUGGACAUGCUUUCUCCAGGCAGCUCCAGCCUAGCAGCAGCAGCCCUGGUCAGGUCUGGAGUGGCUCUGGAACUUAGUCUUGGGGCCUCUGAAGUUGGGUUGUGGUUUUCUGCAGGAUCUUCUCAAUGAGUUUGCCCCCAGAAGGCCAGGACCCAUCAGGCUGCCUCAGGAGUCCUAGACUAAGCAGCCAAAGCUGAGAUUCUGGGGAAAGCUUCACCCACUGACUACAAGCCUCAGUACAGAUGCCUCCUGCACUGUUGGGGUGGAGAUGAAGGGCCUUGGUGCUGGGGAUUGCUUGUGGCCCACUCAAUUUGUGGGGCAGUGGCCCGUAACCCUGGUUUCCUUCAGUCUUUUCACCCACCCCACCCCUGUACUGGAGCUUGAGUGCCAGCCUGCAGCCUGCUAUUGCAAGCCAUCCCCAUCCCACCCUGGAGGUCAGAGCUCUGGUCCCACCUGCUGACUGUGGUGUCAUGAGGACCUCUUCCCCCACAGGGUCUGUCAUCUUUAUCUUCCACUGUCCUUUUUAUGUCAGAGCUCACUGGUGCAGACUACUAACUGGUCAGGCUGGGUCCUUAAGUGCCAGGAAGUGAAUCCUACAAAGCUCUGUUCUCAUCUGAGACCACAGGCUGAGGGAAGGGCUAGCAGAUGAAGGCUCAACCACCCUCACGUGGUCCUGACUUAUAUGAAGCGGUUGGGUUGAUAUCCCUUCUGCUGCAAUUCUUUUAUU